GUCAACGCAAAUCGCGUAAUGGUCUCUGGCGAGGCUUUUCAGCUGGAUAGCCAAACAUCCUCAGAGAAAGAGAUGAGCAGGGAAACGACACGAAGAAAAUGAGAACAAUUUAUUAGAAACUACAAAUAUAAAGAAACAAAGAAAUGCGUUUUAGGUGCUGCAUUGAAACCUCAGUACACAGCAUCUCUCACAUCUAAGGCCACAACUUCUCCUGGGUUCUGUAGUUGUCUGACAGUGAUAUCAGGAUCUGUCUGGCGGUGGAAAAGUACACUGUUCUACUAUUUAUAGGAUCACCCGUCCUUAAACUAAUUCACAAACCCUGUGGCAGUAAAUUAUACACCUAAAGUGCUUGUUUAUAACUGAACAUCUGAUGUAAAAAUGUCAAAACUCUAAAGCCAGAUAUAGUUUUUUGUUAACCUAAAACACCGUAGGCUAAUAUUAGACUAUUGUCAUGGUUGUCUUGUACAUGACACUGAAAUCUUAGCCUUCUAGUUUUCUUCAGCAUGUUAGCUUAUGGCUAGCAACCUAUAGUGAAAGCUCAGGCAAUUAUUAUCCUUCUCUCUGGCCCCUACAAGGGGGUAUGAUCUCUUCAUUAGAGGUAGACCCCAUCAUUGUUCAUUUAGUCAUCUAUUUACUCACAACUAUUUCCAUAUUUCAGUCAUCAACCCUUUGCACGAUUCUAUCUUACUAAAAAGUGUUUAAUUUAAGGAAACUAAGCUUUGGUCCUUCAUCCACCCAUUUCUUCUAUUUGCACCUGUCCCAUUAGUAGCCACUCUCUUGGCUCUUUAUAGUCAAGCCAUAAAUCCUGUGUAACUCACAGUCUGGCCCGGUGUACACCUUCCUAAAGUCUGAGCUGCUAGGCAAAUUGUUUUGGUGGUUGUUUAGUUGCAUGGAAUCGGCUUAACCGUGGAGAGACCAGGCUACCACAAACUGAUGGACUUUGACAAGCGAGGAGUCGGGGGUGGGGGUGGAGGAGGUGGUGGUGGUGGAGGUGGAGGAGGUGGUAAGGUAGAGACAGAUGAAGGGAAGAGGAUGUCUGGGAAGACAGGUAGUCGAUCAGGCCACAGUGGACGGAGUGCUGGUUCCAACUCCGGGGUUCUAAUGGUUGGACCAAACUUCCGAGUGGGAAAGAAGAUUGGCUGUGGAAACUUUGGAGAGCUACGACUUGGAAAGAACCUGUACACCAAUGAAUAUGUGGCUAUUAAACUGGAGCCGAUCAAAUCACGGGCACCGCAGCUCCAUUUAGAAUAUCGCUUCUACAAACAGCUCGGAAGUUCAGAGGGUGUCCCCCAGGUGUUUUACUUUGGACCAUGUGGUAAAUAUAAUGCUAUGGUUCUGGAGCUACUGGGACCCAGUCUAGAAGAUCUUUUUGACCUCUGUGACCGAACCUUCUCACUAAAGACUGUACUCAUGAUAGCCAUACAACUGAUAACUCGUAUGGAGUUUGUCCACACGCGAAGUCUGAUCUAUCGAGAUGUUAAGCCUGAGAAUUUCCUUGUGGGCCGACCAGGCACCAAACGGCAACACACCAUCCAUAUCAUUGACUUUGGUCUGGCAAAAGAGUACAUAGACCCGGAGACAAAGAAACACAUUCCUUACAGAGAACACAAGAGUCUGACUGGAACUGCUAGAUAUAUGAGCAUCAAUACGCAUCUGGGAAAAGAGCAAAGCAGGCGAGAUGACCUGGAAGCCCUAGGCCACAUGUUCAUGUACUUCCUGAGAGGCAGCCUACCGUGGCAGGGACUAAAGGCUGACACUCUUAAAGAACGUUAUCAGAAGAUAGGAGACACAAAAAGAGACACACCAAUAGAGGUCCUGUGUGAGAACUUCCCAGAAGAGAUGGCCACCUACCUGCGGUACGUGCGUCGUCUGGACUUUUUCGAGAAGCCAGAUUACGACUAUUUGAGGAAACUCUUCACGGAUCUGUUUGACAGGAAUGGAUAUAUCUUUGACUACCAGUAUGACUGGACUGGAAAGACACUGCCCACUCAUAUUGGUCCAGUAGCCAGCGAGACUCCGCUUCAGACGAGCAACCGAGAGAAAGCAGCACAGACCAAAAACCAGUCUCCAGAGGGGAAAGGCAGCGAGUCCCAGCCGACUCCAGUUACCAAUCGAGAGCUGCUGGGCUCCCAUCUCACUGCUGAUAGGCUGGGCGGGUCUGUCCAGGUGAUGAGUUCAACUAAUGGGGAACUGAAUACGGAUGACCCCACUGCAGGACACUCCAACGCACCAAUUACAGCCAACGCAGAGGUUGAAGUGGCCGAUGAUACCAAGUGCUGUUGUUUCUUUAAGAGGAGGAAGAGGAAAGCUCUCCAGAGACACAAAUGAAAGCAAGAAACAAGAGAGACCCCCCGAAUCUCCUUUUUUUCGUUCUUUCUUUUUCAAUUAACCUUCUCUCUCUUUCCCCAUCAGCCGCCUCCUCCUCCUCCCUCUGCUGUUCGUGCUCCUGUAGUCUGCCUUGGGUUGGCUGGACUAGCAGACCACUCAGGCAGUAGAAUAUGCUUGCUAAGCUGACGUACUGGUUUGUGUUGCUCUGGACUGACCAGACAGGCAGACACAUGUCGGAGCUUUAAAUGUGGACUAGAUGCACCAGUGUUGGAAUCUUGAUGUAUUUAUGGUCAAAGGCUGAACUAAAAACUGGAUCAACAAAAACUGCUGUGACCACAAAUGAACAGUUGUCAGAUUGUGAAAGACAAGCUGAUUGGUUGCCAGACUGGAUUUAGUUGUUUUCCUGGCAGACUGGCUAGCUCUGGAUUUUCUUUCUUUUGUUUUCAUCCUCACUGACUGGUUCAGAGGAGAGUAAUUUAGUUUAUUAAUCCGAGGAGAUACAGAAGAGAGGACAAGCGGCGGGAUGCAGAAAGGCUGAUGGGCCACACGUGCACAGACAACACACCUACGAACACGCUGCACUCUGUCUUGAGGUCAACAUGAAGAGACUAUAUGGACAAAACAUGCAGCUCUCGCACAUAGUAUAAAAAGUUUUUAUUCCUUCGGGUCAGAAGAAGUACACACCGAGUGACGUGGUCUAUUUUCCUGCCAUCAGACUCUUUGUACUUCACAGACACUUUUCACCCUCAGAGGACAACUCCACAACCACAGAAGAAAAGGUUUAAGAGAUGUUUAUGAAAAACUAUGCUUUCCCCUCUUGUUUUAAUUUGUAACUAAAGAAAAGACUGCAAUUUGAAGCCAGUUUUUUUUCCUUUUUUGAGUUGUUCCAAAAGUUUGUUUUGUAGCUUCUAGUGUGUUCCUCAAAAUGUAAUUUUUUAAUAACUUGUAUUUUUAAGUUGUUUUUUUUUUCCUUGAAAGUCUGAUAACUCCAUUAAAAACAACCAAACAAAAUAAAAAGUGAUCUUUA